AUGGACAUUGCUCAGCUUAAUAACCCUGUCGCUCAGGAAGCAGCCGUCAACUAUAGCGAGCUUUACGAGGACUUGCUCACCAAGUAUGCCAAGGUGCAUUCUGAUGCACAGAAGCUCAAGAACAAAGAAACACAAGCGAACAGACUGAUCAAGUAUCUUGAACUUCGAAACAAUAUGCUUCUCCAGCUCUUGAUGCGCGCCGAAUCACUGAGACUGAAUGGGACGCAAUCAAAAUUGUCCGGCAACCAGGAACAGGAGAUCCUGCAGUCCAUAUUGUCCCAAAAGCCAUACCUCCAAGACAUUCUUCAGCCAUUAACUCAAAACACAGGUGAUCUAGACUCUCUCGAGCUCUCGCAGGUUUACGAAUUGCUUGAGAAAAACCCCAACUCCUCCGUUUUGAACAGCGAUCUCGAAUCAGUGCUGAACUUUGACGAUGACUCCGAUAGAAAAAGAAAAUUCGAAUCAGCUACAGAUAUUUCAUAG